UGACCCCAUUCUGGACUCCUGGGGAGGGGCCCGCAUGCCAGCCCCGCUCCUUGCCCUUCCAUUCCGUGGGUUCAAAGCCUGGUCCAAUCGCCCCUGGCCCCUGGGGAGGGUCCCCAGAGUGGGGUCUGCCCAGUGGCCCCCAGCUCACCCGCACCUCACCUCGCUGCCCACAGGGCCCCUGCGCUUUGUCAUCAUCCACAAGCGAUGCAUCUACUACUUCAAGACCAGCACCUCCGCCUCCCCGCAGGGGGCCUUCUCCCUCAGCGGCUACAACCGUGACUCCAGCUCGGACACAGACAGUUUCUACGGUGCCAUUGAGCGGCCUGUGGACAUCAGCCUCUCUCCAUACCCCACGGACAACGAAGACUACGAGCAGGACGACGAGGACGACUCGUACUUGGAGCCCGACUCCCCCGAGCCCGGGAAGCCCGAGGAUGCCCUGACGCACCCGCCAGCCUACCCCCCGCCUCCCGUGCCCGUGCCCAGGAAGCCCGCCUUCUCCGACAUGCCCCGGGCCCACUCCUUCACCUCCAGGGGCCCGGGCCCUCUGCUGCCACCCCCGCCCCCGAAGCGCGGCCUCCCUGAGGUGGGCGCGGCUCCGGAGGACUUCAAGAGGGACCUGCUGGGCCCGAGGUGGCCCGAGCCUGGCCCCAGGGUGCCGGCUGCCUCCCGGAGGAUGAGUGACCCCCCGGUGGGCAACCUGCCCAGCUUGCCCACCCUCCGCCGACCCCCGUGCUUCCCUGAGAGCCCCAGCCCGGAGCCCCGCGUCCCCAGCCCCGGAGCCAGCUCUGCCGGUGUGGCUGCGGCCACCUCCAGGAGCUGCGAUAAACUCAAGUCCUUCCACCUGUCGCCCCGCGGGCCGCCCACGCCCGAGCCCCCACCCGUGCCAGCCAACAAGCCCAAGUUCCUGAUGGCAGUGGAGGAGGAGCCCCUGAGGGAGACGGCCCGGCCUGGACUCUUCGUGCCCCCUGUGGCACCCAGGCCUCCUGCCCUGAAGCUGCCCGUGCCCGAGCCCCCAGCGCGGUCCACGGUCCUGCCCAGGCCGGAGAAGCCGCCCCUGCCUCACCUCCAGCGGUCACCCCCCGACGGGCAGAGUUUCAGGAGCUUCUCCUUCGAAAAGCCCCGCCUACCCUCGCAGGCUGACGCCUCGCAGGACGACCCGGGUGGGAAGGACUCUGGGAAGGACUCGGAUGAAGACUAUGAAAAGGUGCCCCUGCCCAGCUCAGUCUUCAUCAACACCACCGAGUCCUACGAGGUGGAGAGGCUGUUCAAAGCCACGAGCCCGCGGGGAGAGCCCCAGGACGGACUCUACUGCAUCCGCAACUCCUCCACCAAGUCCGGGAAGGUUUUGGUCGUGUGGGAUGAAACCUCCAACAAAGUGAGGAACUACCGCAUCUUUGAGAAGGACUCUAAAUUCUACCUGGAGGCCGAGGUCGUGUUUGUGAGCGUGGGCAGCCUGGUGGAGCACUACCACACCCACCCGCUGCCCAGCCACCAGAGCCUGCUGCUGCAGCACCCCUACGGCUACGCGGGGCCCAGGUGACGCCUGCGCCAGAGCUGCCGGCAGAGGUGACCAGGGGCCACCUCCUCAUGCCCAUGAGGCUGGCCUGCCUGGGAGGAGGAGCUCUGGAAGGAGGCUUCCCAACAGACAUCUUGUGGAAUCGGCCAGGCCAGGCCCCACCCAGCAGGCGGACUAGAGGGCUGGAGGCUCUCGGAUCCCACCCCGCGCACUUCCCAGGAGCCCGGGGUCCCUGGACGAAGCCCUGCCUGCGCUUCACGGACAGGAAUUCCGGUCCCCCCAGCGCACCCACCCUGCACGGGGCAGGGGGCUGGGCAGGGCUUGGGCAUUUGGGUGGGGGCAGGGGCUGGCCCCAGGACCCCCAGGAACGCUAAGACUUGGCUCCCGCAGGGGCCUUUGCUGCACAAUAAAGCACAGGUGACCUUUG